AUGGCACCUAAGAAAGAGAAUGCUAAAAAAGCUGCUGGAAACGCAAGAAAAGCGGAAGCUGCCGCAACCAAGCAGGCUGUAGCAGACUCAAAGAAGGCAGCCGAGGAAGACAAAGAAUGGCAAAAGGGUGCAAAAUCUAGUGGGAAGAAAGAAUCAGCCGAAGCGAAGAAGGCAGAAGCAGCUCGUAAAAAGGCCGAGCGUGACGCCCUGUUAGCUGAAGAAGAAAAGUCACUGCCCAGCAAACCCAAAGGAAACGCCAAAACCGCACAGAAGAAAUCUCGAGGGACCCUCGACCUCGGACAGCUUGACGCCGAUCCGACAUCCAGUAAAAAGGGAGCAACUUUGAACGCAAGUGGCAUCGAUAAUGCGCUUGAUGCACUAUCUCUAGGCUCCAAGGAUGCGCUAAAGGUCGACCGACACCCGGAGCGAAGAUAUAAGGCUGCUUACGCUGCAUAUGAAGAGAAGAGAUUACCGGAGAUCGAACAAGAACAGCCUGGACUCAGGAGACAGCAGAGGAUUGCUCUUAUAAAGAAAGAGUUUGAGAAGAGCGAGGAUAAUCCGUUUAACCAGGUCAAUGUUGCCUUUGAUGCAUCCAGGGAAGAAGUAGCUGCGGCGCGGGAGGCGGAGAGGGCGAAGAUUGAGAAUCGCUUGACAGGUAAAUGA